CUGGUGGACGUAGGAUUAUUUUGAUCCGAACCACGUUAAAUUUUGUGUUCUUUCUUUUACGUUUCCGCUAACAGUUAACAAAACCGUUUGGAAGGAGAGCUGGUCAAAUGAAGGUAUCCUUAACUUGGUGAAUGUUGUCUACAGAAUUUGCACCUCCAUUAGAAAAACCAGCUUCUUUCAGCCAAAUACAGUCACCAAAGUAUUUAGUCUUUAUUACUUUUUCCUUUCGAUAUGUUUUUCCCUAGAUGAUGACUCUGAAUCGAAGGCAUAAAUUUAUGCAGUUAAAGAAUUAGAAACUCCCCCUGGAAAGUCUCUAAAGUUUAAAAUCCUGACUAUAGUUGCAAGACUUUUGCACCCAAUUGUGUAGCAUAGCAGUCAGUGAAUUAAGCUGGAAUGGAACAGGAAGACCAGGCUCCAAACGACAGCAGAGACAAAUGGAACUUGGUAGACAAAGUUACUGUGUACUUGUGCUAGUGGGAAGUAGCAAGUAUCUAGUAGAUAACACUGCUAUAAGUUUAGUUAGUGUUAUAUAUAGCGGAUAUGUGAAGUUAGGGCUGAGGAAAGCAAAAUAACCAUGGGCUAUACAGAUUUGUUUUAUCUUCUUUGAUUAACCAUGAAUGAUAUGUCUAGAAACUGUCAAGGCUGGUUCACGUGAAUCACAAAGUUGGUGCACAGAUCUAUCUUCCAUGCACCAAGACUGGGAUCAAUGAGUUUUUUAUUAGUCUUUCUCUUAUCCAGAAAUUCUGAUACUAAUUUGAGUGAUAAUGUUUCUGGCAGUUGUCUAGUCUCGCAGCUUAUUUUCGGUUUGAAGAGCAACCACAUAGGUAAGUAUGGAUAUUAAUUUGUAUUACGAAUAAUUUGAUUCUUAGAUCAGAGCUUUUCUUUUAGCGGAGGGAUCAAUUAGCUGACUUCUUAAUCUUUUGCAGUGAAACGAUUGAUUCUCCAUUUAUUGCAUAUGAAAAGCAGUUCUUCUUGUACUUUCUAAUUUUAACUCUUUAAGGAGUUAAUUCUCGUUUGCCCUUUUCUCUUCCUCUCUGUUGUGAUACCUCCAUAAAAAUUCUCUGAUACUUUCAGGAGUUUGCCUGAUGUCCGGAUGAAUCUUGAAGUUCUCAAGCACUGUGGAACUGUUUUAUUCUUGGUAAGAGUAACUACUCUUUUGCUCUAUUUCAGGUCUACGAUUGGCUUUUUCUUUCGCAGACGGCUGCCUCACCCAUCCGACAUUGAAAUUCUUAAGAUUCUGAAUUUAUUUUUCUUAAAAUAACCUCUUGAAACUUCUUGUUGGUUCAUAUUGAUUUAAUAAUUCUUUGAACAAGUGGGCGGCCUUACUUAAAUAUCUUGAUAGAGAAAUUUAACAAUUUGUAGAUUUGGAUAUCUAUUCUUUGAAAAGCUCAUCCAAACAAUGGGAUCUGAAUCGUGAUCCCCAUUAUCUGAAAGAAUUAUAUACCUCUCUUAUCUAUCUGGGUAACAGAGAUGACUACAUCUAGUUCACCUUGAAAUGAUCAUCUGUAAAUAUAAAUAUAUAGUAAUUUUUAUAAUAGUGCUCUUGUCCCAGUUUCUGACUGAGGGGUUGAUUGGCUCUGGUGCUACAUACUUCAGAUUGUUAUAGUGAGAGUUUAUGGGCCAAACCUUCUCGUUUUUUAUCUUCAGUCUAGUUUGAUAGAUGUUGAAUUUUGUUAAAGAUGAAGUCUGAGAUGAGAUUAAAUCGUAGACGCAAAAAUAUCUUAUGUGUAAAUGUAUCAAAAGCUUGUUAUUUAUACUCCAAAGUGCUCGACACACGAAUUCUGUGAUUAGUAAGGUUGCAUUCAGCAAAAUGGAAACAAAAUAAUCAGUCUAUACUUAAGCAUAUCAAAUAAUCAGUCUGAGAAUACAUAAUAUGAAGUCAUGUCUGUAUGUACGUACAUACUGUGGGUAGUGAGGUCAGUGGGUGGUGCCGGUGGGGGAGAGGGGAGAACUGAAGCAGGGGUAACUGAAUCUAUCAUCCUAUGGAAUACUUUUACCCUGCACCCUCCACAUAAGAUUAAGGACUGGGAUAUUUCCCUGCCUGAUUCACUCCAUGACAAAUUAUGCAUGGCCCAUAUAACUACAACACAUUAUCUGAUCCUCAAUAUGGAACUGAAUGAUCAUUUAUUUUAUAUGUGUAUACUGUCAACAAAUAGUAUUUCCACAGGGUAUAGUCUUGUGCUGUGUGGCAUAUCUUAAUUGUAAUAUAUUGGAGCUGACUUCCAUUUGAUCAAAUGUGUUGUUGCAUAUUUACUCAACUGCUUAAGUCGAGAACCAUUAAGAAGGACGUAACUGAUUUUAGUUGAAGUUCCUUUCAUAGGAAGAAAGUCAUAAUUUGGAAAAAUGAACUUGGACACCUGAAUAGUUGGUUGAAUCAGCCAUAUAUAAAGGUCUUCUGAUGCUGGUGUCCUUACUAGUUACUACAUGAACGUUACUUUAGUCUGGGCAACUAUAUAUUUUUGUUUAUGUGCAUGAGUCUAUUUUUCCUGAAGUACUUCAAAGUUCAUGGAUUUCUCCUGAAGAAGUUUCGAUACCUUCUACUUUUGCAAUCCCUUAUGAUGGAAACCCAAGAAUACAUAUUAUGCACAAUGACAUUGAUUUGAAGCUGCAUUGUAGUCGCCUCAAGGUGCAGCUUGGAAUUAGAAAGUUUGAUGAUGCUAAUCGUCCACUCACUUUUGUGGUGGGUGCCUCUUCGUGUUUACGUGAAGUUCUGGAUGAGUGUGAUAUUCUUGUUGAGCAGAGGUACAAGGAUUGCGGUGGUGACUCAGAAUGGUUGCCUGUGGUUAACAGAGAAUAUCAGAGCGUUCGAUUGCGCUUGAAUGCUAGAGUGGAUGGUAACACUGUUCACUGGAGGACGCAGAUAGAGAGAUAUCAGAAUGAAUCUUCCACCUUCCAAAAAGUUGAGUCUAGUAAUUUUGACUCCGCGGAACUAGAGAGCUUGUUCAUUCGUGGGACCUAUGUGGAUGCAUUUUUCUCUUUAGAAACCUUUGAUUAUAUGGAGAAAGCAGGUAUCGGCUUAGUGGCUGAUAAGUUGAUUAUACUUCACCAGUGAUUUGGUCACUCUAGCUUAUGUUAUGUAAUGCAUUACCCACCUUGAGUAUUCAUUGUUCGGUAUGUUACUACUUCUAACGUA